UCCUUUCCUGUCCGAGGAUUAUGAGAUGCAGUUGUGAUACACUGAAGCAUGGAUAUGCUGCUUUCAUUUUUCAUAUUGUUUUUUGUCUUGCCCUCCUCUUUUUGUGUGGAUCUUAUGUACAGAGUAGAAGAAAGCAAGAAUGCCAGAACAUAUUUAGGAGACAUAGCCAAAGAUUCUCACUUGUUAGAUAGAAUACCAGUUCAAGUCCAAGACCAAGUGACUUUUAGUCAGCUGCAAGGUGGGUCUCUCAAGACUCUGCAGUUGUUCAAUGUUACCAAAACCGGAAAGCUAUACACAGCCCAGUCAUUGGAUGCAGAAAACCUUUGUACAUAUAAUACAGAAUGUUUUAAAAUGGUUGACAUUGCAGUAAGACAAGAGGAAACAUUUAUAAAGAUACUCAAAGUAAAGAUUUUAGUAGAAGACAUAAACGAUCAUUCUCCAGAAUUUCCUCAGGAACAAAUCAGUCUAGAAUUUUCUGAGUCUGAUGGAAAAGGAACUUCAAGCUUGAUUCCCAACGCUAUUGACAAAGAUGUUGGACUCUUUAAUUCUCAGAUAACAUAUCAAUUAGAAGACAGUUUGGAUGAGCCUUUUACCUUAUCCGUUUCCAAAAGAGUGGAUGGCACAGCAACACUUGAGAUUGUUUUAAAAGAAAGACUUGAUAGAGAAGCUAAAGACUCUUACAUGCUGCAGGUUGUUGCUAAAGAUGGAGGCUUCCCUUCAAGAAAAAGCAUUUUGAAAGUCCACAUAGCAGUUAAUGACGUAAAUGACAAUCGGCCAGUUUUUCCUCAAAGCAUUUAUAACAUUUCUAUAAAAAACACACACCAAAUGAAUGUUCCUGUGCUAACUUUGUCAGCAACAGAUUUGGAUUCUGGGAAAAACAGUAAAGUUUCCUAUUAUUUUAGUUCCAAAAUAAGCGAUGUUGCCAGGUUAUAUUUUCAACUAAAUAAAGAUGAUGGUAGAAUAUACUUGUGGAAAAAGUUGCCUGCCGGGCAAAAGAAAAACUACAAAUUGUUUGUGGAAGCAAGGGACGGAGGCCGACCUCCUCUCAGUGCCAUUGCUUUGGUUUUUGUUAAUGUGAUCAACCAACAAAAUAAUGCACCGGAGAUAGAUAUAAAUUUUGUGUCGGCAUUAGUAGACAAUACUGCUACAAUUUCAGAAAAGAUUAAAGUUGGAAGUUUCAUUGCAUUCGUGAAAAUCAUAGAUAAUGACUUUGGACAAAAUGGAGAAGUCUCUUGUGAUCUUCACCAUGAAAAAUUUCAGCUUCGAAGUCUAGCAUCGAAGGAAUACAAAGUAAUAUUGAAAAGCCUUGUUAAUCGAGAGGCUGAGGAUCAUUAUGAUAUAAAAAUUACAUGUGAAGAUAUGGGCCAACCACCUUUGAAAGCUCAGCGACAAUUCUCAAUUCAAGUAAUGGAUGUAAAUGAUGUGCAACCACAAUUUACCAAAAAAACAUUUAAAUUUUUGACUUAUGAAAAUGAAGAACUAAAUUUUCCCGUCGGCUUCAUCAAUGCUACUGACCCUGACUUAGAUUCAGGGGGUAAAUUAUCGUAUCAUUUAGUUAGUGAAAACAAAGAUAAAAUUCCAUUUCAGAUUACAAAUUAUGGUUUUAUUUCAACCAUUGAGUCUUUGGACUAUGAACAGAAUAACAACUAUAAAUUCCAAGUCCUAGUAAAAGACAACGGAGAUCCUCAGUUAAACAAUACAGCAAAUGUUAUUGUUGAAGUUAUGGACGAGAAUGACAAUGCUCCGUAUUUCACUUUUCCUAGUGUUAACCCCUUCAGUUUGGAUGUCUACUAUCACCCUCAAAGUGAAAAUGAUAUCACAACAUUAAGAGCUUCAGAUAGAGACAGCCGAGAAAACGCUUUCCUCCGAUAUGAAAUACUUGGGGGAAAUGACCGACAACUGUUUACAGUCAACCCUUACACUGGAGCCAUGUCUUUCUCUCGCACAGUUUACCAAAAUGAUGCUGGGUUAUACAACCUCCAGUUGAUUGUCAAAGAUAGCGGUACUCCAGUUCUGUCAACGUCUACAGCACUAUCCUUGACAUUGACGGUUAGUAAUAAAACGUCCAAAAUGUUCACUGCAGUGAAUACACAAGCAGACAACAGGAUACAUCUUAAUUUAGUUAUAGUCAUAACACUGGCAGCUGUGAUUGUGUCAGUGGCUGUUGUUGUGUCAAUCAUUAUUUGUAUCGUUCGAUGUCACAAUGUGAGGAAUACUCAACAUAUAACUGAAACAAGCUCACCAAACCAAUCAAGGAGUGAAAAAGGACAUCUUAUUUCACAUGCUAAUAAUUUGACGGCGCUGACGUUAAAUUCUGACGAGACAAGAAACAGUACAAAUGCGUCAAUGAUGUCAAAAACACAGCUCUACCAGGAAGAUGAGUUGCCUGUUGAAUGGAAUAAUUUAAAUGCAACAAGAAGCUUGCCAAGAGCUGCACAGCAGAUGUAUAUACCACAAGCUGCAGUGACAUCUGGUGGGAGAGGAUUUGAAGAGAACACCUUUAUGAGUCCUGAUUGUUGGAGUGACAUGGUGUUCUCUCAUGUGGACACUGGACAUUGCUGGACAGAAAGAGACUUUGGGCAGUAUGAGGAAAUACCAGCACAUAAAAGAACUAAGACCAGAACAUUAUCAACAUCAGGAAAGGGACAGAACUGAACAUCUCUGACAACAUUCAUGGAGACAGACACCCGUCGCCACUACCAACACCACCACCACCACCACCACCACCAAAACCACCACCAACAUCACCUUCACCAUCAUCAUCACUUUUACCAUCACCGCUGACAUGAACACCAUUACCCAACACCGUCGUCACCACCACUACCACCGAUGCCACCAACGCCACCACCACCACCUCAGUCACCACUAACAACAACAACAACAACAACAAUAUCUGUACUAUGCAGUUUUUGUCCAGAACACACAGCAGUCAACAAAGCAGUAAGUGAAUGUGACAACUGACCGAAUGUCCCCCAUGGAUAAAAUCCUGAUCAUUGAAAAGAACAAAAAAAAUAAAGAAAAAAGAAGGGGGAAAAUAUCAAAAUAAAAAAAAACAAAAACAAAAAACAAACAAACAAAAAGACAGCUGAGAUAUUUGCAGAACUUGUGUCUCUCUCCUGGGAGAGAAUAUUUUGCAAUCAGUUGUCAAGGUGGUAUGUUUCACUAAAGGGCAAGCUAAAACUAAUAUAAUAUAAUGAACCCCAAAUUUUUCCUUUUCUUUUUGUGAGAGGGGAUUACUACACUAUAUUAUUAAGCCUGCCCUUAACUAUGUAUUCUUAAUGCUGAUGGUAUCCCUUGGAAAACUUUACAGUGUGUAUUUUUGUAAGCAGAGAGACAUUUUUUCUCUGCGUAUUUUCUUUUUAUCGAUCUUUUAUUUAUUUUUUUUUUUUUAAAUACCUGGACUGGUUAAUGUAAAAUAUAAAAAAAAAAAAAACUCACAAAAAAGAAAAUAAAAUCUCUCACUACCCCUUUCCUUUCAAGUACCCAUCUUACACAAAUUCUGACAUGCUAUUAUUUUCGUGUCUAAAACAAAAAUAAUGAUACAAAAAACACAACAAGCUAACUCUGUUGGCUAUUGUCUUUUUCUCAGAGUCCAGUUUGUUGACCUUUGUAAGAAGCCCAUUUAUGUGGUCACUCAAUCUGCUAGAAAUAGCAGUCAAAUAUCCCACAAAUCAGCAAAAACAACAACAACAACAACAACACAACAACAACAUCAACAACAUCAACAAUCUGUUCAGCAUCACUUUCAGUUAAUUGUUAACAUAUUCGUUAAAUUUCUUUUAUUAACUAGCAUUUUCUAUUUCUGCCAUGAGAUUCUCCUCUGUUAUUACUGUUAUAGUCCUAAAUACUACGUACCAACAUUGCUUUUUCCUUCACCGCCAUCAUCACUACCAGCUAUACAAUGCGAGCGAGCCACUAUGUGGUCACAUCAGACUGCUGGAAAUAGCAGCAAUGUUUCUCUUGAAAUCACACUCUA